AUGGCUAAUACACAGAAAGAGAAGACGCAGCAUGAUCUGGACGACGUAAAGCUUGGAUCAUAUCUACAGCAAGAGAUACCCAAUCUGCAGACACCUGUGAUAUCGACAAAGAUUGGAUAUGGACAGAGCAACCCGACAUACUUUGUCGACGAUGCCUCUGGUACACGCUAUAUCCUCCGGAAGAAACCCAGCGGGACUAUCAUCUCACCUGUCGCGCACCAAGUCGAUCGAGAAUACAAGGUAUUGAAAGCACUCGGAACAGUGGAGGGUUUCCCUGUACCAAAAGUAUACUGUCUAUGUAUGGAUCCUUCAAUCAUCGGAACUGCUUUUUACAUCAUGGAGUUUGUGAAAGGCCGCAUAAUAACGGACCCCAAUCUCUCCACCCUCCCUCUCUCAGACCGCUGCGCCGCGUGGAAGUCCGUCAUAUCUACCCUAGCCUGGCUCCACUCCAUCAACCCAGACACCAUCGGUCUAUCAACCUUUGGCAAGAAAACCGAUUUCUACGCCCGCCAUUGCAACACUUUCUCCCGUAUCGAAGCUCAACAAGCUCAAGUCCGCGAUGUCGCUACUAACCAACAACUUGGCCGUGCACAUCCCCACUUCGACGAGAUCGUGGCCUAUAUACGAAGUCAUCUACCCAGCGAGCGCACUUGCAUUAUCCAUGGGGACUACAAGUUUGACAAUAUCAUCCUGCAUCCUACGGAGCCCAGGGUCAUUGCUGUGCUAGAUUGGGAACUGAGUACGUUGGGGCAUCCGCUUAUGGAUGUUGUGUAUGUGACUGGUCCGUAUUGGAAUCGGGCUAGUAAGAGUGGAAUUCCUGGAGGGCCUACGGUACAGCAGGUGGUGAGAGAUGAUCAAGGAGGUGACGUCUAUGACGAGGAGAAUCUAGCAGAGAACGGUUUGCCAAGGAUGGGGGGGCUGCUGGAUGUGUAUGAGCAGAAGGCGGGUUGGGAUCCCAGAAGGGAUAAAUGGGACAUCGCGAGGGUUUUUCACUUGAUGAGGGGAAGUGUGAUAAGCCACGGUAUCCAAGCAAGGACCAUCAGUGGUCAAGCCAGCAGCUCUUUCUCCCACGUAUACUUUGAGAACACCAAACGAGGACUGGACGAAGCGCUGCGACUAGUGAGACAGAUAAAAGAUCGAGAGACACCAAAGAGCUCGCUGUAG